ACGGCGUAAAAUGCCGAAAGUCUCACAGUCGAGUCGCGACUUCACAUUUCCCAUUUUCCAAGCGACGGCCUAAACCCGAACACUUUCCUUCUCCAAAUUUCCCCCAAUUCACAUCCGAAUUUUCCCUAAUUCAAAUCCAAUUCAAUGGAAGGUGUGAUCAACUGCUCGCUGAACACCCAUGACACUGAAAUCCCGAUCAACUGCUCACUGAACACCCAUGACACUGAAAUCCCUGUUCAAAUGGUGGAUUUGGCCAGAUUAAGAUCGACAAAUCGCCUGCAACUUGGGGGAUUCCGAUGGGAAGUUCAACUUUUAUCUACAAGCUGUAUGUCAUGCUCGCCCAAUCCAUAACAGAUCCUCGUACCAGAGAAGUCCUCUCUUGGAAGGAGGACGAUUUGUCGUUCGAAAUAAAAGAUUAUAAGGGGUUCGAUCUACUCAUGGGCGCACUGUUUUUCAGGCAUAAGAAAUGGCCAGCUAGAUUUUGCCACUACGGGAUCAAAUGCAAGUUCAAUCACCCAUCAUUGCAAAGAGGGCAGCCGAAUUGCCUUUCUCAAUUCAACAUGAUUACGGACAAAGUUGUGGCCAGCAAGGGUGAGGGAGAGGGAUCCGCCAACUGAGAAGCGGAGGUGGACUAUCUAGGUACGAAAAUGGGAAAAAGCCACAUCCUUCUUCUGUGGGAGGAGUGUGCAAUUGGUGCUCUUGGCACAACUGUCUAUAAACUUUUUUGUUUGUUAAUAGUUUGAGUUUCUUUGUCUAUUUUACAAUGAUAGAAUAGAAAUAUGUAGCUGGAUGGGUAUGGCCCUUUGUUUUCGAUGGCAGUGGGUAAAUUUUUUUGACUUUCU